AUGGCCCGCAGGCAGGAGCGGGCAAGUGGCGGCGGGCUCUGGUUGCCCUGGCUAGGGCUCGCCUUGCUCCCCUUGACCUUACCCCCCGCCGUCGCCCCCCCCGGGGUUUGCCCUUCCGCCUGUUACUGCGUGGCCACCCCGGAGCUGGUGCAGUGCCGGUAUGAGAGGUUGGAGGAACCUCCCAAGGAGCUACCGGUCACCGUCCACAACCUCAGCAUCACCGGCAGCAACCUCAGCGUCCUGCAUCCCGCCGCCUUCGCCGCCCGCCGCCCGCUGCCCGACCUCCGCCUCCUCCGCCUGCCCCACGACAACAUCCAAGCCGUGGAGGACAUGGCCCUGCAAGGCUUGCCCGCCCUCCGCACCCUCGACCUCAGCCACAACCCUUUGCUUUGGGUGGCCCCGGGGGCUUUCGCCGGCGUCCCCAUGCUGCGCACGCUGCAGCUCAACCAGGCGCUGCUGGCCGCCCCGUUGGAGGAACAGCUGGCCGUGGCCCUGCGCAACCUCAGCCUGCAACGCUUGGAACUGGCUGGCAACGGGCUACGGGGGCUACCAGCCACCCUCUUGCCGGCCGGCUUGGAGGAGCUAGACUUGAGGAACAACUCUCUGCAGCGGUUGACGGCCGCCGAGCUGCGCAGCCUGGAAGCCCCCGGCUUGAGGGGCUUGAGGCUCACUUUGGGGGCCAACCCCUUGGGUUGCGACUGCGCCCUGCGCCCUUUCCUGGCCUGGCUACGUGCCACCACCCCUCGGGUGCCCGAUGCCCGUAGCCUACGUUGCGCCGGGCCACCUCCGUUACAGGGGACCGCUCUCCUGCGCCUACGGCCCGAGGGGUUGGCGUGCGCGGCCGACGAAGGCGGCGAGCCCGGUAGGUUGGAGACGGCCUCUUACGUCUUCUUCGGCAUCGUCUUGGCCCUCAUCGGCAUCGUCUUCCUCAUGGUGCUCUACCUGAACCGCCGCGGCAUCAAGCGUUGGCUCCACAACCUCCGGGAGGCUUGUCGUGACCAGAUGGAGGGCUACCACUACCGCUACGAGCAGGACGCCGACCCCCGACGUACCAGCGCCGUCGGGACCCCCGGGCUCUGAUGGCACCUUCGGCAUCUCCUCCCAUCCCUUCCUCAUCCCUGCCCCUCAACACCUCCGCUCCCGGCAUCCACUUUGCCCCAUCCCCAUCCCCAUCUUCUUGCCAUGACUCCACCAAAAAUUAGUUUCUGAGGACAAGCCGGCCUUGGGGAUGGGUGUUGGGGUGCGUGGGAGUGGGGAGGACCCUCUCCAGAGGGUUCUGGACCAGCUUUUCCUCCCCACGCCCUGCCCCAUAGCGUUGAUUCCUGCAGGGGACCGGGCUGGAUCCCUUCCCCCCAUCCGUGGGGAAGCGCAUCCCGAAUCAGUCCCAGGGGAUGCCGGCACGAGAAGCCCCGGGGCUCCCGGGAGGAUGAUGAGCUGCUUCCUCCCCUGUCUCCGUUCUCCAGCGGUGGGUUUCGUCGGGGGACUGCGGGAUGCCACGCUGCCGGGGGGUCGGGGGCUCAGGACCCCCACGCACGUGAGUGUUGGCUCGGCGCAUCCCGGGAAGCAGCGGGCAAUACCCAAAAACUGUCCUCCUGGAUGCUCCCGGAGCCAGGACUUGACUUUGACCAUGUACAGCUCUCUUUCCUAUUAGAUUUCUAUUUCACAGAUGCACAGAAACUUUACUCAGUUUCCUUUUUUUUCUUUUUUUUUAAUUUUUCCUCCAAACAUGGAGGAAAACACACCGUCCGGCCGCUCCCCCCACCCCCACCCACCCUUUCCUGAGCCCCCCUUUUAUCCAUUUUUAUUUUCAUUCGAUGACAUUUCCAGCUCUUUCCAGGCACAGAGCGACGCAGCUGUGUAAGAAACGUGCAUGUUCCCCGGGGCGUGCAGGGGGGGGGCAGCCCCUUUUUUGUUUUUUUUUCUGACUCUCAGAUAUACCCUAGACUAGGCUGCCUCAGCACUUUGUAAUUAAAAACGAGGGAAGCCAAGGAGCUCUCGACCUAGUUCCACCCGCCCGUGUUUGCUUUAAAACCGUGCCUGUUAACUUAUAUCCUAGAACAAAAAUAUAUUGAAAGCUGCAUCCA